CUUUAUUAUUCUUAUUGAGAAAUUCAUUCUUUGUGUCAUGAGAUUCAUCCGUUCUCUUGUCUUUCCUUCUACUCUUCCAGCAUCCUGGUGAUGCUAUGAUUAUUGAGACAUCCUGUCUUGUUAUUUCCUCUCCUCAGUGUGGCCCCCUGCCCGCGUCCAGCUCAUUCCGCGAUCGACAUUCGACGAUACAGACCCCUCAAUCCUGAGAGAUAAAACAACACAGUUGAUCUGUCAGGAUAUCGAGAAUCCUAAGGACUGAUUCUCAGCCGACUGCUGUCUGCAUUCCUUGUCACAAUCCCACGUGGGAUCCUCAACCUUCUCCCAACUGACCUGCAUCAUGCCGGCCAUCCCACCAUCCCCCCUGAGGCUAUCUCACCGCCAUAGUCACAGCCAGUCCUCCAACCUCGGUUUCGACCCCAUCUCCCCCGGAACCUACGCUCCCAAUGGUUUCUCUCAGAGUCCUAUACAUUCGCCUCGGACGCCUCGUUCCUCAGCGCCCCCUUCGCCGGUGGAACCCCGCCAGCGGAAUGCGCAAGCCAUGAACGGGUCGUACAGGUUAUCAGGUGACUUCGGAGGCCCUGCAGACGCCGCAGGGGGGCUGGGAAACCUUGCAGACGAACUCGCGGACGCCUGGGACGAAGAAGAGGAAGGGGGCUAUGGCUAUGUCUCUGGUCAGGACAAUGCAUCGGGGGACCUACAAGGCGCCACCCGAAGUGACGGAGAGGACGACUACAAUAUGGGACCGCGAUCGCCCUUGUCAGAUUACGCGCCGGGCCAUACCUCGCUGCAACCGCCUCGGGUCAAAGCUCGCAAUGGCAGUCAACGAAAUCACCGGCGACAUGAAUCACAAUACGACGGCUCCGACUACGGCAACGAGUCGGAUUUCGAGGAAGCGGCAGACAUAUCGCCUAGUCUGGAGGGGCAGAUGGCUGAGAUUGAAAGCUUAGUCCGGCGAGGGAUCGAGAACAACGGAAGUGAGAACGAUCAUGUCAUCAAACGUGUUGUUGAGACGCUCCGGGACCUAGGGAGCCAGAGUGGGAUCGAGAACAACGCCAUGAGAUUAAUAACAGCACACACCUCCAUCACCUCACACUUAACCCACCAGACCAGAACGCUCCAGACCCUCACCCACCCUCUCCUCUUCUCCCCCUAUCCGCUCCUCUCUCCGGACGCAAUUGACGAGCUAAUCCCGCUCAUCGACGAAGGCCUUCUGCCUAACCUACCCUACCCGUUCCCCGGCCAGCCACGCCACUCCUCCAGACCAACCACACCUUCGCAGUCGCCCUCCUUGAACCCACUCGUCUGCCUCCAGACCCUUAUCGCACAAACCACGGACCUCACGCUGUCCCUCCGUGGCCUUAGCGACACCCUCUACGAAUCGCGACAACUAACUGCAACCGCCUCGCGACGACUGCGGUCCGCAAGGGAACUCGUCGCCGAGCUGCGCCGCGAGGAGGAGAGCCGCGAAGAAGCCACCCGGUGGAUCGAAAAGGGAGACUGGGACCGCCGGCUGCGAGACCGCGAAGCUGGCCGCGUCUGUCGGGACGUCGUCAGUGGAUUCGAGGCCGUGUGCGGCGAAUGGAGGGAGAGGCUCUUUGGUACGGCUGCUGUUGCUGCUCCUGGGGCGGAAAUGGCCGCUGCUUGAGCUGGUUUCUUCCUUGGUCUUGUAUUUUUGACACCAUACAUCGAUUCAAAUCCUGUCCAUAUGUCCUUAUCUUUGGGUUUCUUCGUGGCCUGCAACAUACCCCCUUUUCUUUCUUUCUCUUCAAGAAUAUAUAGAUUUCUUCUGUUCACGGAAACGUCUAUGCAUUUGGUUCUAAUAUUUCCUUCCUCGAUGCGUAGAUUAAUUUGUAAGUCUAU